UUUCCACUGCUGGGCGUGGCUUGUUUUUGAUGUUUUUGUUGCAUUGGUUUCAGUAGCAAAACAAAACCAAUGUUACAAGCAGCUCGGUUCGCAGCUGCGUUUUCAUUAGAAAUUCACUGAGGGUGUUUGUGAAGCCCUUCGUACGGUAGGAAGGAAGGAGGAAGUGGAGUGGGUUUACUGUAGGCGAGGAAAAGAAAGUGCACUGCUCCUGGGUCAGCGGGUGAGUCAGCAGAGCCCACGUGCUAACAGCACAUGUGACGUUUACCUUAAUAAACUUCCUCUAAAGCUAAACUGUCAUUCCGACCGCGAGCAGAAACUUCCACGCCGCUGCUUCACUUAAACAUUACAAAUCGGUUUAAGACGAAAAGAGUAUUCUUUAUUAACACGUCACGUUCAUUCAGGAGUUGAUCUGUCCUGAAACUAAAGUGUGGAGGAGCGGGAGCUGGACGGGAUGUUUGCCCGGAAAAACAAGCGAGCAGCGGCGCCGAAAGGCCAAGGAGCAGCAGCUGCCAAACAGAUGGGAUUGUUUCUGGAUUUCAAGCCAGAUGAUAUGAUGGACAUGGAUCAAGAUCUGGAUGAUCCAGCUUUAGAAGCAGAAUUUGCUGCCAUUGUUGGGAAAAAACCCAAUGUGGCUCCAAGGGGGAAAAAGCCUAGUAAAGCUCCAUUACCGAUGGAGGAUAUUGCAAAAAUGGCAGAGGCCUGCAUGAAAGACAUCGAUGAUGAUGAAGAUGAAAGCCUGGAGGAUGACGAAGACCUGUUGGCUGAGCUGCAGGAAGUGGUGGAAGAGGAGGAAACGGAAGACUCUGGUACCACAACUCCUGCCUCCCCUGUUAGUGCGGAAACCCCUUCAGCAGAACUGACGCCAGCCAGCAAGGACACUAAGGUUUCUUCAGUGCCUGGUAGCAUUGAGCACACGUUAGAGGAGAGAUUAAACCUGUAUAGGAUGGCUGUUAACAAUGCCAAAGCUGCAGGGGAAACCUCUAAAGCUCGGCGAUACGAGAGAGGCCUCAAGACACUACAGACUAUGCUGGCAUCAGUACGGAAAGGAGGGAAGAUUGACGAAACAGAGAUUCCCCCUCCCGUUGCAUGCGGAGCAUCUGGUGGUUCCAGUCGGCCCCCUGCCCCUGCAGCUUCGCCUGAUCAGAACGGGGAGUGUGACAGCGCUGUUGAGAUCUCUCCUGUCUCGGCAGAGGCCGCCCCUGUCGUCAUGGAUCCAGCAUCAGACACUAAAGACGAGACCUCCAGUGUAACAUCUCCAGCUUCCCUGUCAUCCCCAGAAGGCAAACACGCAGCAAGUGGCACUGAAUUGCACUUAGACUCGCUGUCCGGACAGCCCGGUAAAGACGUUCUGUUAGAGCGACAGAAGGAAUACAGGAUGGCAGCUCUCAAGGCCAAACAAGCAGGAGAUAUUGACCAAGCCAAAAUGCAUAUAAAGACCAGCAAGGGAUUCGAUGCAGCCAUUGAGGCUUUGGAGAAAGGCCAGCCGGUGGAUAUGAGCUCCCUUCCGCCCCCUCUGUCUCAAGCCUCUACAGUUACUCAGCCUGCACCUCAAAAAGCUGUUUCCUCCCCUUCAGCUCCUGACAGUGUUUCUGGCCCAGCUCAGCCCCAGACGGUUCUUGACGCUCUGGAACAGAGGAUGGCCAAGUACAAAGAGGCCUUCACACAAGCUAAGGCCAGCGGAGAUGAGCGCAAAGCCCGCAUGCAUGACCGCAUUGCUAAACAAUACCAGGCUGCCAUCCGUGCCCAUAAAGCAGGCCGACCUGUCAACUUUGACGAACUUCCAGCUCCUCCAGGCUUUCCUCCAAUCCCAGGCCAGAAGGCUACUUCUCCAGAGCAGGGAUUGGCUGCAGUGUUGGAAACAGCCAAUAAACUAACAUCUGAUGAAGCUGAAGCUGGCGAUGGUGAAGAGGACGACGAAGAGGGAGAGGAGAAAGUUAAAGCUCCGAAAGUAGGCGACCAAAAGAAGCCCACUCUUGCAGUACAGCCAACGGUACAGAAGCCCCAGAGGACCCCUUCACCUUCCCCUGACAGAACGUCUAAAAGAGGAAGUCUGCCUGACACAGCUCAGCAGCAGCUGGAGUUUCUGGAAGGCCGCAAAAAGCAGUACAUGAAAGCAGCGCUGCAGGCAAAGCAGAAGAAUGACCUAGAGCAGGCCAAGACCCACCUGCGAGCAGCAAAGGGUUUGGACCCCAUGAUAGAAGCGGUCCGCAGCGGCAAGAUGAUGGACAUAAGCAAGGUGCCUUCACCGCCUGGAGAUGAGGACGAAGACUUUAUCCUAGUCCAGCACAGUGAUGUUCAGAUCUCAGAGAAGGCUGAGGAGGUCUACACUCAACUCACCAAACUACUCAAAGAGCAAUACGAGAAAUGUGUGACGUACUCCAAGCAGUUCACACACAUGGGGAAUAUCGCAGAAACAACCAAAUUUGAGAACAUGGCAGAACAAUGUAAGAAGAGCCUGGAGAUUCUUAAACUGGCGCGGAACAGGGGGCUCCAGCCCCCUAAACAUCACUUUGAAGAGAGAACAUAUCGCACUGUCAGGAUUUUCCCGGAGCUCAGUAGCACAGAUAUGGUUGUGGUCAUUGUUAGAGGGAUGAACCUUCCUGCUCCUCCUGGCGUCGCAACCAAUGACUUGGAUGCCUAUGUCAAGUUCGAUUUCCCGUACCCCAGUACAGAUCAACCUCAGAAACAUAAAACAUCAGUCAUCAAAAACACCAACAACCCAGAGUAUAACCAGAACUUCAAACUGAACAUCAACCGGAACCACCGUGGCUUCAGGAGAGUUAUACAGUCUAAAGGCCUGAAGCUGGAAGUGCUGCACAAAGGCGGCUUCCUGAGAAGUGACAAGCCUGUAGGAACAGCCCAGCUCAAACUGGAGAAACUGGAAACUGAAAGCGAAGUGAGAGAGAUAGUGGAGCUCAUGGAUGGGCGGAAGGCCACAGGUGGUCGUCUGGAGGUGAGGGUUCGUCUCCGAGAGCCCCUGGGUGGGCAGGACCACCAGACUGUCACAGAGCGAUGGCUAGUGCUGGAGGAGCCACAGGUACUGCUGUAACGGACACUGAUUUCAUCUUCACAGCGUCUUGAGGUCUCAGCGGUUUUAUCGAAGUGGAUGAAGGUAUGGACGAUGGAAGCUCAACGGUGCUGCUAGCCUUGGGUACGAACCACAUGAAGGAGAUUGUGAGGAACUUGCUCAACAGAGAGACAGUCACUGACAGAGAAAGUUAGCUUUGUCUUAUCAGGGUAAAAGAGAUUGGACCGGGAUGUAAGAGUUGGGGGGAGGUUAUUAAAAAUACAGGAGAUAUUAAUAGAAGGAGCAGGAAAAUGUGCCCCGAUUGCAUAUGAUUGAUAUAGCUUUUUAAACGGCCCUUUUGAGAUAGAUUAUCUCUUGAUUUAAUAAUAACGCUCACCCCAACUGUUACAUUAAUGCAUUGGAGCAGAAGCCAAUGAGAGUUUUUUUUUUUUUUACUGCUCUGGGAUGCACUUACGCACUAAUGCCAAAGUAAUCACUGCUGCUGCAGUAAGAUGAAUGACUUAAUCUGUUCUCCCUCAAUCUAGGAACCUGUUCCUGCCAUAUCUCAAAUACUAAUGUAUGACUGCUAUGCAAAUGAGUUCCACACGAUUAGCUAUGCAAAACGGUUUGCGUUUGAAUCCCAAACAUUUUGUCAGACAUUUCAAAGCUUGUUUACAUCCUAUGUGAAUUUACUGUUUGAUUUAUUACGGCUAGGCCGUGUCAAAGUACUGCUGUUAAAUAUUAUAUUCCUUAUAAAUAUUAUUAAAGCCAUAAACCAGCUUUUACUAAUUGAUCCAAAUGUGAAUUAUUCAUUAAACAUUAUGAAUAGUCCUUUUUUUUUUACGUUUGCUUCUGGAGGUAAAUGAGCGAGCGCGCCAUGUUUGGGAAUGAUAAAAAAAAGUAUAAUAUUCCCAGUAAAUUUAGGCUUUAGUAAUCUUUCUUAGCAUUUUGCUGACGAUCAGGACUAGAACUGGUGCUGCAUUAGGCAUAUUCAGAAGUGCCAGUUUAGUUGACCUUAUACGUUAGCUAAAGCAGACUUUUGAGAUAUUCUGCUUUGUUUUGUUUAUACAUAUAUAUAUAUUAAACGUAAUAUAUGAGAGAAGUCUUUUAUCACUCUUCUUGCACUUGACAGUUGUUCUGCAUUAGGGUUACUCCUAGUAGUCACUUUAGCCACAUAAAGCCAAUGUUUACAUUGAGGUCUAGUGUGCAGACACAUAAGAUGACACCUCAGAAAUAGCUUUAAGGAUUAGCUCACCCAAAAAUUCAAAUUUGCUGAAAAUGUACUCCUCUUCAGGCCAUCCAAGAUGUAGAUGAGUUUGCUGCUUUAUCAGAACAGAUUCUGCAAUAUAUCACUUACUACCAAUGGGUCCUCUGCAGUGAAUGGGUGCCGUCAGAAUGAGUGUUCAAACAGCUGAUAAAAACAUCAUGGUAAUCCACACCACUCCUGUCCAUUAAUUAAAGUCUUGUAAAACUGCAUGGUUGUAAUAAAUCAUUUUAACUUUGACUCCAUAACCCAUAACAAUCCUUCUUCCAGUGAAAAUGUCCCGACUCCUCAAAAUCCAGUCUGUUUUGGACUAUUUUUCACUUGUAAAUGGUGGUGCUUGUUCCAUUCAUAUUCCUCUCCUGAUUCAGACAAGGGAACUUUUUCACUGGGUGAAGCAGUAAAUUACGGAGAGAGGAGUCAGAUUUUAGCUGAAGAAAUGGUUUGAAGUUUAAAAAUGUCUUGAUGGCCAUUUAAGUUUGUUUUUUCUCAAGAUUUUAUUGGAAUGACUGGAGUCAUGUGAACUACUUAUAGAUUAUUGUAAUGUGUUUUUAUCAGCUGUUUGGACAUUCUAAUGGCACCCAUUCACUGAGAAUCCAUUGGUAAGCAAGUGAUGUAAUGCUGAAUUUCUCCAAAUCUGUUCCAACGAGGAAACCAACUAAUCCACAUCUUGGAUGGUAUAAGAGAGAAGUACAUUUUCAGCAAUUCUUUCAGAAUUGACUGACAGUUGGCUUUUAAGCAUGGACAAUGUACAAUCUAGAUCCUUCAGCCUAGUUCUUAGUGUCCAUUCAUUUCAGUUACAGUGGUUCCCAUCUCAUGUGAAUUCUGUGAUUUGGCACAUUUUCCAGUCUCGGAUCAAGCUUUAAAUCCACCACAAGGCUUAUGUUGAAAAACCUUGUUACAUAUAGCAUGUGUCAGUUUUUUCUUUCUACUAUUUUUUUUUUUUCCCCUCAAGAGUCAGCCAUGUCAUUUAUUUUCAUUUUACACCAAGUUUAUUUAAACCGUUUUGUUAAUAAAUGAGAAAAACAAAGAUCUGCAGUUCCUGACUUUUCUUGAUUUAACUGAAAUUUAUUUUAUUUGACUUUUAAUGGCGACUACUAAUAUAAAAAAAACAUUUUGUAUAUUCAACAGGUUUGAUAAAGACUGCUUUUAUUGACAUAUGUAGUGUACAAUAAAGAAAAGUUGUAUUUUUU